AGCACGCGCCCGCCCCGCCCGCCCAAUCAGCGGCCGCGCAGCCAAUUCAAACCGUGCGGCGGUUGGGCCGCGUCUGGGUGGGCGCCCCUGGGGUCAGCGAUGGAGCGCCGCCCGGCAGCGCCCGGGCCUUACCGCGCCACCGAGCUGUGGAAUGAAAUCACCAAGUACUUCCGAGCUGGCAUGCCGCUGAGGACGCACAGGCAGCACUUCAAAAAGCACGGGAGCUGUUUCACUGCCUCAGAAGCUGCAGACUGGCUGCAUGAAGUACUGAGGAGCAACAGUAACUUUGGGCCUGAAGUGAGCAGGCAGCAGACCGUCCAGCUGCUAAGAAAGUUCCUCAAGAAUCAUGUGAUUGAAGAUAUAAAAGGAAGGUGGGGAUCGGAAAACUUAGAGGACAACGGUGCACUAUACAGGUUUCCUUCAACCUCUCCAGUUAAACCUCUACCAACUUCAUGUCGACAAAAUGAAAACUUGGAAACCUUCUCUAGAGACAGACUUCUUAAGCUGCCGCAUUUAUCAAGGAGAACUCUUAAAAAACGUGAAUUACUGACAUCUCUGGAAAAUGUGGAAAAAACAAAGCCAGAGAAAAAAAUGGAAAAUGAAGAGGAUGCACUGCACAGGAAGGAAGUAAGCCAGGAAUAUGUGCAAGAAACUUGGAGGAAUAUCAUUCUAAUACAUUUGCAAACCAUUUUAGGCCUCCCAUCCUUGGACGAAGUUUUGCAGCCAACACAGAUAGUUCCUGAGAAUGUCAUAUACAAUAUGACACACACAAGCAAACAUGGUGUUGUUAUUUUGCAGAACAAAUCAGAAGACCUCCCCCACUGGGUGUUGUCAGCUAUGAAAUGCCUCGCAUACUGGCCUAGAAAUAAUGACAUGAGCCAGCCAACUUACAGUGGAUUUGAACGAGAUGUCUUCAGAACAGUUGCUGAUUAUUUUCUCAAUCUCCCUGAACCAUUACUUACUUUUGAAUACUAUGAACUUUUUGUUAAUAUUUUGGUUAUGUGUGGCUUCAUCACAAUUCCAAAUACAUGCAGUGGAAAACAUUCUGUCCGAGAUGAGACACGUGACCCGCAAUCCUCAAAAAUUCUUCACUUGAACUCUUUCAAGUCAACUGAAUGUCUUCUUCUAAGCCUGCUUCGCAAAGAGCCAAAGGAAAAAAAGGAGGAAUAUGAAGUUUCCUGGAAGUCUUCUUCGGAAGAAUUAGCUGUUCAAACACAACGUGCAAAGAAAUUGCAGCUGUGUAAACUGACAAGUGAACAAGGCAGUGCUGACAAUCUUAUAGGAGGAAGUUGUCAGAAUCUCUCAGGUUUCAGGAAUGAACAAGAUCUACCUCUAAAAUUUAAGACGAGAUGUUACUCUUUGGAAAGAAUUGGAAACACUGCCUCUAGAGUAUGUGACAAAGGAGAAUUGGAUUCCCUCAGGAAAACUAACGUCUCGAGCACAAGAAAUGAGAAACAAUCGCUGCCAUAUGAGUACAAGGCUGAUUCCGUAUUGGAGUUUGGCUUUGAUAACGCGUACCAAAAACAAACUGAUGGUUCAAAGAGAGUGUCUGCCCCAGUUCUUCAGGAUAGAGAGCUAUUUAAAGAAACUCUUAAAUCAAAGCAAAUAUGCAGGUCUCAGAGUUUACUUGGGAGCAGGAACUCCAAAAGUUGCACUAGCAUCAACGUCCCAGUUGCUGAAAUCACAGUAAAGCCAAGGUCUCAACUUCAUGGGCAAGGAAGAGCAAAUACCUCAGUGGGUACUUUGAUGGGCACCAGGACUGAGGUUUCUGAUAUCAUCAUCAGUAAGAGACUCUGCAGGAGUACCAUAGAACUUUCAGAAUGCUCUUUCACUCACUCUUAUGUGUUGACUGGCACGCAAAAUCUCCUUCAGCCUCAUUUAGAAAGGAUUGCUGUUGAAGCACUACAGAUAUGUUGUUUGCUGCUCCCACCACCAAACCGAAGGAAGAUUCAGCUCCUGAUGCGUAUGAUCUCUCGGAUCAGUGAAAACGUCGAUAUGCCACGACUGCAUGAUGCGAUGGGCACGCGUUCUUUGAUGAUACAGACUUUUUCUCGAUGUGUGUUAUGCUGUGCGGAAGAAGUAGAUCUUGACGAGCUACUUUCUACACGAUUAGUUUCAUUUCUAAUGGACCAUCAACAGGAAAUAUUUAAAGUACCAACUUACCUGCAGGUUGCAGUGCAAGAUCACAUAGAAUACGUGAAGAUGGCUCAGUGCAAAUAUCCAGGGGAAGAAGUUUGUGCCAUAUUACCGACGUAUUCGUACUGUGAACAAAUAACCCCUCAGGAGUUUGAAGAACAAAAGGUUUCUACCUCUCAAGCUGCUGUGGCAGAGCUGUUAGAGAACAUUAUCAAAGAUAAGAACUUAUCUGUGAAAGAGAAGAAGAAAAAGUUAAAACAGUUUCAGAAGGAAUAUCCUCUGAUAUACCAGAACAGAUUUCCAACCACAGAAAAUGAAGCGAUGCUGUUUGAGAACAAACCUACCAUCAAACAACCCAUGCUCAGCCUAAGAAAACCAAAAUUUCGCAGCCUGAGAUAUUAAUGUCAGCUGCAUGCUUCCUUAGGGGAGGUGUGUGUGAAUGGCUGACCAAGGGCUGCUUGGCAUGGAAAUGUGACAGCGGCUGUGGAUGCAGAGGGAAGAAAU